GCACAGGCUGCUCCCGGCUCUGCCUGCGGAACUUCGGCAAUUGCCCCCAGCAGUUUUUUGCCCUGCCAUCCAGAAGGUGCGGCUCAUCUGACACCUGCCAGACGGGGAAGGUUCUGCCUGGGAGGGAAACGGCUACAGCAGAGGAAACCAAGAAACGUUCCAACCGGACGCUGCCGCGCGAGUCAAAGGAGGGAAGGACCGCAGGCAAAUACAGUCAGGAAAUGCGCUUUUAUUCAAUCUCUGCAGCGUUAAAUCCCCCCUUCCCAGCCACGGGCCGGAGGGAGCGCGGCCGGCUGGGCUGUGCCCGGCUGGGGACGGGCACCAAUUCAUCACUGCCCUGCUCAGGGAGGUUUUCCGGCCCUGUCCGGGAUUCACCCAACGGCUGCAAAGGUGCUCGUGUGACUUCCGAGCUCAUUUGCAGGGAUAAAGGAGCCAAACGAGUCCGGAGGGAUCCUUCGCUCCGAGGCAAAGGCGUCGGUCGAGUGUCGCCGCCUGGUCCCGCCUGCGGGGGGGCGUCUCCUCCAGGAACGUUCUCGGGGCUCCCCGGGCAGUCCCAGCUGGGCAGGGAACGCGGGCCGGGAGGAGGCCGGAGCGACAGAGAGCGACCCAGCCCUGCUUGGGCUUCCUAUUGCCGGGGGAUGGAGGAGCUGUGCCCUGGAGCUGUGCCCCGCAGCCCCCGUGGGGUGGGCACGGGGAAAGGGCUGCCCGCGGCUCCUCAGCCGGAUGUGCAUCCCUUUCCUCGGGGAAAAGAACUCCCCGGGGCCGCUCCCGAGGCUCCCAAGGGACAGCGGCUUCCCGCCCGGAGAGACGUCCUCGCCCCUGCUCAGGGGCUGCCUCGCCCCGGGCCGGGAGCGCGUCCGGCCCCCGCCUUCUCCUGGGCCAACACAUCCCCUGGAGCCCGGCCCGGGGCGGAAAACCGGCCGAAUUCCAGGGAACUCGCUCAAGUCCCCCCAGGGACACCAGCGGGGUUGGGGGAGGAGGGUUAGAA